ACGACAGAAGAGAUGGGAAACAAUCCAACUGCUGCUUCAUCGAGGUGCAGAUCUCAAUGCAUCCUGGGUCCCACCACACCUUCUGUUCUUUGCUGUUAAAGCUGCAGAUGCAGAAGCAGUGAAACUCCUCUUAGAAAGGGGAGCCAGGACUGAUGUGCGGCUUCCAUCCAAGUUAGGGGGGUUAACUCCUCUCCACAUAGCUGCCUCAAUUCCUGGGGCGGAAGGGGUCCAGAUAACACAAUACCUCCUGCAUACCGCCCCAGACCUUAAUGCAAGGGCAGAAGAUGGAAAUGAGAUAUACGGUCCAGACAAGGUAUGUUGCUUUUUGAGCUCUUUGCAACUGAAAGAUGAAGCAGGACCACCACAGGAGUACUUUUCCUCCUAUAGUGGUCCUGUCCCUGAAGAAGGUGGAAGGAGUGCAUUGCACAUUGCAUGUGAAAGAGAGGAUAACAGUGAGCAUGCCAGAGAUGUUAUCCGCCUCCUUUUAAUGCAUCAGGCAAAUCCAAACACAUUGUGGAGUGGCCAUUCACCACUUUCCUUAGUAAUUGCCAGUGGGAAUGACUUGGCAGUAGUUGAACUCCUCAAACAUGGGGCUGACCCAAAUCUGCCAUUAAGUGGAGCAGUAAGAAGUGCCCUCUGUGCAGCUGUCAGUACGGCAUAUGAACAGCAGAGAAUGACAACACAGUGGAUUGCUUUGGUUGAUAAGCUGCUUGAAGCUGGCGCAGAUAUCCUUGCACCAGUUCCUCUGAGGGAAGGACAGAGAAAAGCUGUGGGAACAGCUGUUGACUAUGCCUAUUAUAAAUAUUAUCAGGAUAGGAGAAUUGCUCACACACCAUACCACAUACUGUCAGCAUCUGAAUGGAAAGUUUUUCCAACACGCCGAUCACUCCUGGAACAUGUUACAAUGAAGCUCCGUGAACAUGUCAUCCUGAAAGAGAAAGAGUGGGAUCAGGGAAAGCUGAGAAGAUCCAAGAAAU